AUGAAGUUUGGAAAGUCGUACAUGGAAACACUAGCCAGCCCCUCGUUCCCGCAAGAGUGGAGGGAAGGUGCCAUCGAGUACAAGCAUCUCAAGAAGCUGAUCAACGGUGUCGUGGCUGAGCUUGAAUCUCUUGGGCUCGGUGCGGACGUGCUCAGAGAGCUCAUAGCUCCAGCUACGCAAUCCGGCGAUGCGCACGAAGAAGAGGAUGAAGACAUCCAAAUGUCUCAGCUAGCGGCUGCGGCUGCUGCCAAGUCUUCGCUCCACCCGAGCCACCACGGCGUACCGGCGCGGCGAUCAUCGCAGAGCAGCGAGUCCAGGGCACGUUCGCGAUCGCUGACCAGCAGUGGUACUGAGGACUCAAGCGCAGAUGAGGCUGCUACAACUGGGCCCGGAAAGUACGGCAGGCUUCUGGUCGAUUCUAGAGCUGCUAGAUUGGGCGGCUCUGAGAGUGGCAACCCGCUAAGCCCACUCAUAGAGGAGACUGGCCCUUCCUCUUCCCGGACAAGCCCAUACACGAUUGGACGACCUAGCGCAGAGGAGCAAGCGCCAGCUAUAAGUCUGGGUGUUGCGGCCCUGUCGCCGAGUGCUACCCUCGAGGCACAGAAGGCGCAAAGAGCAGCGCAUGGAAGUCCCUUGGAAGUGCCGAGCGAGGACUGCGAAGAGUGCGUCGCUGAUGCUGGUGCGAGGGAAGCAGCGCGCAAGUCCUUGGGUGAAGGCUCUCAGUCGAACGGUAUAUCCGCCAUCGUGAGCCCUUCUAAGGCAUCCUCGCAUGAGUCUCCUGCAGCGGAGUGGCUGGAAAAGAUAGCCCACUCUCAGCCCCAUCAGCGGCGUCGCAGCGCUCGCAAAAGCUCGGGGGCCUCCCAGACAGCGGGCGGAUGGGCAAGCUCGGAUGGCAGUCCGUCGAGCUCGAGGCAGCACUCUGUGGAUGUCUCGGAUACGGACGGUGCUGCACGUCGCCGCCAUCACCAUCAUCACCAUCAUCACGAGCAGCACCAGCACCAGAGUCACGAAGAGGGCCCCGAAGCGCUGCGACCCGAUCCUCGACUGCUUUUGAAGCCCCACGAGCGCCCCUCGGCUUUCAGGAAGCGGUCUUCAGCCGAUGGGUCUUCGGGCGUAGGUAGCCCAGAUGCAGUCACAGACGACGAGACCAAUCAAUGGUAUGGCAUGGGCAAGAAGGAGCUCGAGGAAUUCAGGAGAAGGAAAAGCGAAGUCUUUGGUGAUGGUCCGCAGAAGGAGGAUGGUGUGAGGAGGGCUUCAAUGCCCGCACACGAUCUUCAGCCCGGCGAACGGGCACAAGGCGCAAGUGCAGCAAACGAUCACGGCAGGCAUGACUGGGGUGGACAUGCUUGGAGGGAGAGACCCGGUGACGCUUGGAAGAUGGAGAAUGACACAGCUAAGCCUUCUGGCUCGCUCCGCGAUAGACCUAAUUUGGCCGCCAGACGAUCGAGUUCUGGUGGCGCAGUUGGCAAACAACCCGAGGACGGUCAUGCUCGCAAGAGCAGGUGGGUCAAAGGAAAGGAUGGACGACGUGCCCGAGCAGAGUACGAGCUUGGGGGCACCAAAGAGCAUCCGGUUCCUCGGAUUCGCCUGUUCGUCGAAUCGCCUGUCAACUCCGGAGACGAAGGGAGCGCCGAAGAGUCCGCGUCUGAGGACGACAGCACAUCCGACGCUGGCGCAGAGGAUGCGGGGCCGCGCAUCACGGAGCUGCCGCCGACGCCCAAAACGCUCAAGGGUUCACCCGGUCGCGAGCCGGCGGUGCUCGCUCUACCGAACGCUUCGCUUCCAGACAGCACGUCAACGCAGCGCGCCGAUGCAGAUGCUGGGUCGGCGCCAGCUCCGUCCUCAGAGCAACUCGGGACGUCUGCAGCAAGAAGUCACGAGGGACGCCGCAUGCGUCACCGAGAAAUCGUCAUUCCCCUGACAGCGGACACGGAGUUCCUCGAUACGCUGACCGGCGCUCUGCAAAACCUCUCCAACCUGCAAAGUGCGCAGAGGGAUGCAUUUCAGCAACAGACCGAGUCGCUUUGCAGCGCAGUGGCCCGCGUCGCGUCUCCAUACGCAACGAAGAGCGACCUUUACGUCUGGAGAGAGAUUUUCGCAUUGUACGUCGAGAUGCAGAUCUUCGAGUCCGAGCGGGAAAAGGAUCGAGGAGAAGUCAGUGUGGAUGAGAGCGAGGCGCGAUUGAAAAGGUUCGCUGAAGAACUCGCCAAGCGAGGCUGGACCGCGUCCAAUGAGUCAGGAGAAGAUGCGCGGGGCGGCAUUCCCGGCCACAAGCACCGCGGUGGAUUGGCAGCUCGUCUCAGCAGACGGAAGAGCAGUGCUGCUGGCGCUUCAGCAGGCGGCUCGCUGCAGCCCAUGAAAGAUCAGAGAUCCGUCAAUGCGCUUCAAGAUUUCCUUCGGCUCAAUUUGGCCUUGUUGGACGUGAAGAAAUUCCAACGGGUGAACAUCGAAGCGGCGAGGAAAAUUUUGAAGAAGCACGACAAGCGCACUGCGCUCACGGCUAGCGAUGACCUGAGAGCUUUCAUAGCUCAGCAGGAUGCAGCUAGGCUGGGAGCUGCUACUGUGGCGGGCAUGGGCCUGUCCGGGCUCGUGCAGAUCCCGCCUGAAGCCUUUGGGGUCGGUUCAGAUGGCGCCAGUCAUCGAUCGGGAGCUCUGGUUCCUACUGGCGGAGGGACCCAUCCUUCCCUGGCGGCCCUCUUGCCGAGCAGCACAACGGGCAUUCUCGCAGAGAGCUUGCCUCACAUUCUCCUCUCGCUCCUGACCACCACGCUUCUGCCCAUUCUGCCGAGCAUCGACGACUACGCCUGCGCCAUCUGCACGGGUGUGGCUUGGAGACCCAUCCGACUGGACUGCGCGCACCUCUUCUGCAUCCGAUGCCUCGUGAAGCUACAAAAGAAGGGCAAGGCUGACUGUCCGCUCUGCAGAGCUAAAGGUGUCGUGGGUAGCGCCGAUGGGAAGAAUUUGGACGAAGCGGCGACAAAGUUUAUGAAGACUUGGUUCCCUCACGAAGUUGCAGAGAAGGAUUCCGAGAAUGAGACAGAGAGGAGAAAGGAAGAGAUGGCUGAGUUGGGACUUCAAGUGGAUGCUGAUAAGUGCACCGUCUGCUGA